AUGGAGUGUUUUGCCAAUUCUGUCAACCGAAAAUUAGAGGUCAUUAGCAAUGAAAUAUCUGGCAUCAAAGAGUUUAAAGCUUACUCUAUACUGUCAUUAGAAGAAGUCGUUAGUGAUUUGAAAAAGGAAAAGCUGGUGCUGAGCAACAAGAAUGAUAAAUCAGAAAAAGAAAAUACAGAUUUAUGUGUAUCUUUGUCAGAGCUUCGAGCUAAGGUGAUAGACCUUCAAGAUGAAAAAGCAAGCCUACUAACCGCAAUGAAGUUAAUCCAACGGGAAGGAAAAGAUGAACUAGAAGAAAAUAAAAAAAGGAUUGAAGCCCUGGAAAACGAGAAUAAUAACCUAAGAGAUGAAAAGCUCGGAUUCACCAGAGUGAUGAAACGGAAAAAGAAAAUAGCUACCAUUUCUUCUCCUGAAGCUACUAGCUCAUUGAAAGUAAAGAAUCAGUUUGAAGUUUUAAGCUCUGAACAGGAGGACGAGGAAGAGAUUUACGAAACGAAGGCUAAAUCAUCGACUUUCUCACAGAAAGAAAUUGCGGUCAAUAACAAUAUAACCUCAAAAGAUCCGCGCUCCCAGAAUGAAAGUACUUCCUCUCAACCCGACUCAUUAUCAAAUAUUACCCCAACUCAUCAUACUACAGCCAAAAGUAACAGCGACAUCCCGAUCCUAAUUAUCGGCGAUUCUAUCAUCAAACAUAUUGAUCCUAAAAAGAUCUCCCGAAAGAAAACUAUUAAACGCACGUUUCCUGGCAAAACCGCAGAACAAAUAAAACCUGAAGUGGAAUCUAUGGAGGUUGAAGUACUUCCUUCACACAUUAUUGUACAUGCUGGGACUAAUGACCUUUCUGUGCAACCGCCGCAUAAUUGCGUUAAAAACAUCGAGAAUCUAGCUUUGUGUAUAAAAAAGAAAUUUACAGAUUCAAGAAUAGCAAUAUCCAGCAUAACUGUCAGAAACGACUUGGAUUUAAGCAAACAGAUCUCCACUGCUAAUGAAGAAUUACAAAAAAUGUGCUCUAAGAACGGGUUUGAUUUUAUUAAAAACAAUAAUAUUGAUGCUACAUGCUUAAAUGGCGGCCUGUUACACUUGAACUCAAAAGGAUCCGCAUUCUUGGCAGCAAAUUUUAUUAAGUUCCUAAGGGGGAACAUUCCAGCUCCAUCAGAGUAUCGCCAAAGGAAGAGAGGGGAGGAUUUUCAAGGUCGCCGGACAUAUCAGAAUCAUUCACUAGAGGACCUACUGAGACUCCUAUUACUCGCUCAGAGGACCGAGUAUUAA